AUGGCAAAUGAGGCCCGACUCAGCACCCGUAGACGUCAACGGGGUAAUAUUCAAGCCUCGAUAACGAUGUUUAAAGCAACAUUGGAAACAUACACGGGACUUCCCAUCGAGGAACGCAUUCCAGAGAGACUCCAGUUUGCAUUGGACAAUUUGAAGGAGCGAUUCCAGCGUUUUGAAGACAUCCAGGAAGAGUUAGAAGAGGCUGACCCAGAGGUAGAGUGUCCGAAACGCUUUGAUAUAUUGCAGAAAUACGAGACAGUCGUCGGUAAUGCCCUGCAUCAACUCUCCUCGCGACUAACACCCGCCCUUCAGCUAGGACAAAACACUCCAGCGCAGCCUGCAACAGCAUCUUUAUUGUCACUCAUGCGUCUGCCUGAACUGGACAUUCCCAAGUUCGACGGAUCGUAUGAAGCAUAUCAUCCAUUUUGGGACUUAUUUGAUUGCACUAUCAAUCAGAACUCUGACCUAUCGAAGGUCCAGAAACUCCAAUAUUUUCGAAGUCUCCUUACUGGACGAGCUGCAAAGGCCAUUGAAUCUCUGUCAAAUACUGAGGAGAAUUAUGACACUGCCUUGGAGAUCAUCAAAAAUAAAUUCGACUGCACAAGAAAAAUCGUCCGCAGACAUUGGGAACUGCUGCAAGAGUAUCCAGCUCUAUCAAGGGAAACACCAGAGGCACUCGGUCAUCUGGUCGAUACAUUUUAUCAACACACUAGGGCGCUGAGUAACUUGAAACAACCGGUGGAUGAAUGGGAUCUGCCGCUCAUCUAUUUAAUACAAUCGAAGAUCACUCCAGAGACAAUAUACCAAUGGGAAUUGAGAAUCAAGGACUCCAAUCUUCCCAAAUACACAAAUCUACUAGAAUUUUUGGGAAAUCGCUCGCAUUGCUCUUCAGUGACUACCUUAUCACCACGGGGAGAAAGAUCCAACCGUAACCGAGGACGACGACAGGCUUUUGUGACCUCCAGCACAUCAACACCAGUCUCAUGCAUCAUGUGCAAAGAAAACCAUACGAUCAUGAGAUGUCCCAAAUUCAAAAAAUUAUCACCAGUGGCUCGGUACAAGGAAGCAAAGAAACUUUCUCUCUGCAUCAACUGCCUCACACCAGGGCAUGGUGUCAACAGCUGUAAUUCGAGGAGCUGCUCUCAUUGCAAUCAACCUCACAACUCUCUGCUGCAUCGAACAGAAACAACAGCAAGCGAGCAAUCCUCUACUCCUGUGAAGACAACACCGAACAACCUCUCCUGA